AUGGCAAGGUGGUUGAAAGAUUAUCUACAUUUCGGGAGUAAGAGGUCUCCACCACAGCCUCCCAAGCCAGACUACACAGAAAGAGAAAUCCUUCGUGCCUACAGAGCUCAAAAGAACCUCGAUUUUGAAGACCCAUAUGAAGACAAGGGCAAUGAUAAAGGAUCCCAGCCCAGAUUGGAGGAACUACAGUUUACUAUAGUUUCUCCUAGACACCGUCUUAUCAAGGUGGAGCCAUCAGAAUGUAAAAGGAGGACUACGCGUGGGAUUCACAAGAGAAUGUGGAAGGACUGGUCACCGGAGGUCACUGAAUAUUCUAAUCCAUUUGAUAUGAAGAGCAAUCAGUUUGACCAUGAAGACACGGAAGACACCAAUCAGCAUGAUGGAGGAGAGAAGGUGACGGACAAGGUAUUGCAGCUCUAUGACUCGCCGUAUAACGAUAAAUAUAGGACAAUCCCCCAUGAAAGGUGCCAGCCAUCCGAAGAUGAAAGACCAGCUGACGAGUAUGACCAGCCUUGGGAGUGGAAGAAAGAUGACAUCAGCAGAGCAUUCGCAGUACAGUUUGAGAGCUCAGCCUGGUCUUGUAGUUCUCCCCACAUGAGAGCAAGGCUUCUACAGUCCAGUCCCAGAAGUCCGGUAAACCUCAGACCAUCUAGCCCUGAGAUGGCCGCUCAUCUGAGAGAACAUGGGUCUCCCCCUAAAGAGCUUAUGGAUUACUCAAGGGUGCGGAAAGCAAAUUUUGUAGAGUUACAAAGACAAACGUGGUUCCAUGGAGCUCUGAGCUGCACCGAUGCAGAGAGACGCUUGCACAAAAGUGAACCUGGGAGCUUUUUAGUGCGUACAGAGGCUGAGAGUAUGUUCUUCCUAUCAGUUAGGGGACGUGGAAGCAUCUUACAUGUGAAGGUGAUAGGCCUGCCAGAUGGUCGGUACAUGCUCGGUGACAGUGGCCCAUCUUUUCCAUGCAUCAUUGAUCUGGUCCAGCAUUAUAUCCAGUCUCCACUGCUCUUCCCGGGAGAGGGACAAGUGUGUCUUCAGCAUCCACUGCCUGCAGUCAUACAAUAA